AACUGAAUAUGAAUAGUGUUUGGAUGACCUCCAUUCUUACAUCCUUGUGUCGGCCUAUAGGUUUCCGAUUCCAUAAGCUAAACCCAAUCCAGUCAUACAAGUAGACGUUGACAGACGUGUGAUACAUCCAGUGGCGAUUUUUCAGUUCUCGUCUUCAGGAAAAGUGUUCUGAGGCUUUAUUCAAAUCCAGCUAUCUUUUUCAGCUACAAGAUAGUGAGAUUUCAUCGAUGCAGCUUGCACGAAUUCUUUUGGUUUUGACGGCAUUGGCCGUCAUUAAUACCGAAGCAAGAUGGUUUAGUCUUCCAAUUACUUUUCCAGCCUCUUUCAGCUCACUUUUACCGUUUACAUUUAACGUCACUAAAGAUAAUUCAGACUUGGGCUCGGUUACCUUAAACAUAAAACCAAAAUUCACCAGAGAAAUUGCUGGAGCAAAGGUUAAACGCGAAGUCACGGCUGAAACAGCCGAAAAAAUGGGUCGCCUUAACAGCAAAGAGAGCCGUUUAUUAGGUCCACUUACUAACAGGUGGGAAAUGGGAUUACCUUCCGGACUCGGCCUCACUUUGGGAUCUGUUGGAUCGCUUGCUGGGGUUAUUUGGACACUAAUUGGAAAAAAUCUAAAGUAUAAAAAGGAACACGGCGAACUUGAUUGGAAAGAUUCGAAGGGAAAUGCGCCUAUCCCUGCUCCUCCCACCCCACCAGCUCCUUCCUACGGAUCCUACAAUGCUCCAUCUUAUUCUUCCGACUACAAUAUUCCACCGCAUCAGAAACCGGAAAAAGGAUUUGGUGGUUUUGCAAAGGGAGGUAAAGGCAUUAAAGAAAUGCAAGCUCAAGCCAUGAAAGGACUGACGAGGCUGGUAGGUUUGAAGAAUUUGAAUAGCUUAUUGCAUCCCAAGCCAAAGAAAUUAAAGAAGAAGAAGAGGCCCAUGCAGCAGCAGUACUAUGCCCAACCCGUAUACCAAUCUUCCUACACUUAUCCACAAGAAUAUGCUCCACAACCAAGUUACGAUCCUGCUCCAGCAUAUGCCCCUGCCCCAGCUUACGAUCCUGCUCCAGCAUAUGCCCCUGCCCCAGCUUACGAUCCUGCUCCAGCACAUGCCCCUGCCCCAGCUUACGAUCCUAUUCCAGCAUAUGCCCCUGCCCCAGCUUACGAGCCUGCUCCAGCAUAUGCUCCUCCUCCAGCUUACGAUCCAGCUCCAGCUUAUGCUCCUCCUCCAGCUUACGAUCCAGCUCCAGCUUAUGCUCCUCCUCCAGCUUACGAUCCAGCUCCAGCUUAUGCUCCUUCUCCAGCAGAGUUUCCUGCUUAUGCUCCUCCUCCCCAAGAUUUGGCACCAACGCCUCAAUCAGCCCCAGUUUACGCUCCAGCUCCUGAACCAGCACCUGUUCCGCCUCCCGUGCCCGCUCAAGUUGAUGUCUUACCGCCUGCACAAUACUUUCCAACCAAUAAUUUCCCCUCCCCGAUGUUCUCAUCUCCCCAUUCACCUCGUGAAAUCGAAGAUAGUCCUACACAAACCGCUCAACAAUGGAAUGGACCUUCCGUUUCCCAAUCGGAUUCUCUGCCACCUCAAAUUUCAGAUUCUGCGCCAGUUGAUGAUUCCACUCCUGUAGUACCACCACCCACCUUCAUUUCAAUUCAAACAAACGGUUUUUUGCCAAUAUUCCCUUCUCCAGUUGAUCCUAUACCUUUUGAACCCUCACCCGAUAACAGUCAAGCCCCACAAAUGCCAGAAUCUAUUGGGAAUGUACCUACAUUCGGCGUGGAGCCUUCUCCUCCGGCUCCUCCAUCCGCUCCUUUUCCUCCACCUGCUCCUCCAUCCGCUCCUCUUCCUCCUCCACCUGGUCCUGCUCCUUAUCUUCCACCUCCAUCUGCUCCUUCUCCUCCACGUCUUCCACCUAGAGGCUCACGUCUUGAAGAUUCACAGCCCUUAGAGGAAAGCCUUUCUGUGACCGAAGAUAGUAGCUCUCAGAUUACUCCAACGACUGCAACAUCGCCUGUUGUCACAACGAAUGCGGAAGAAGAAUUCGAAAUGGAUGAAGAAGGAGGCCCUCAAUACAGUAUCAUGGAGGAAUCAGCUCUUACGGAUGCAGCCGAUACAAAUAGUUCCAUACCUUAUGGAACACGUCUUAACAGUGCACAUAGAACUGCAACUCUCUAAAAAUUUCCAAAAAAUAAGUAAUGAUUAACUUAUUUGUUUGAUUUACAAAAUACUAGAGUUAGAUCACCUUAUACAAUAUUAGCUGUUUCAUGAUUUGGCUGGGCCUUCAAUACAUCUGAUAAGCAA